CUAAACCCACAACAGUACCAUCAGUCUGCAUGCUUGUUAGUCCUCACUGUGGAAACUAAGGGGUUAACCCUCUGCGCAUUGUUAAAAAGGCUGUUUGAUCCGGUCUUCUCUGAUCCUCCCCUUCUUCCAGUGCCCCCCUCUUAUCUCCUGAUAAGACAUAUUGUGUGGAGACACUCUGCACAUGCUCCGUUUGGUGUGUAUUGCUAGGGGUUUUUUUUUUUUUCCUUGGAAGAGUGCAUGUGAUCAGCACAGGGCCAAUCAACACUGUGCAGAUAGAUUGAAAACUCCUACAAGCUUUAACCAGUGCUCAGCUGGACACUGAUAGAAGUCACAAGACUACUGAUGAGAAAAAGGUAUUUAGAGCAGUUGAUAUUUACUAAAAUAAUUGCAUUUCCAUGUUGUGUGUACUGUGGGAGACCGGACGUAGUGAA